AUCUGCCUUUCAGUUAGUCAAUUGGACAUUUUAAUCAACAAAUUAGAAAAUAUGAAAAAGCUCAUUAAAGAUACUAAGGUGGACUGGCAUUACGACGAAAACGAAGCCUUCGAUAAGAUAUUUGGAGGGAUCGUUCAACAUCACUUAGCUAUAAUAAGGUUUUCGAAGGUGUUGCAAUCCGUGCUGGGAGGUCAACUAACAUUGUCACUAUUUAUGACUGCUAUCAUAGUUUGUACAACUGCUAUAGAAAUAUUAUCCAUUGAGUCACCUAGGAAACAUAUAACAGAGUUGCUUUGGAUGUUGGUGUUCGUAUCUAUCAUUGUAGGCAACCUUUUUGCGGACUGCUAUUUCGGAAAUGCUAUUACUGAUAAGAGCGUCGCCAUCUCAACCCUAGCAUAUGCCAGUCCUUGGAUCAACACGCCGACUAAAAUUAAACGAAAACUGAUAAUUUUCAUAGCUAAGACUCAACAGCCGAUCGUUCUGACUGCGGCUAAACUCACACCAGUUUCUUUACAAACCUUCACCAUGCCUAGCCCCAAAGUAAACACUGUAAGGCUUGUGUUAUGGGAUACUAGGGUAACGGAUAGAAUCUGUGUCGACGUCAUGACGCAGAAGGAGGACGCGGAGAGGGCCAUGGAAGAAGACCCAGAGGCCGCUCCUUGCGGCACCGAAGGCCUGGGAAGCCCGGGCCCUGCAUUGCACCGGUUGCUGCCAGUCGCUGAUCCCCUGAAUGCCCCGGGGGAUCACCGGCCCUCCCAUUUUGGGGGGGUGAGUGGGGCUCGCCACAGGCGAGCAGACGCCGACGAGGUCGUGGAUGUGUUCUCGCGAGUUCCCAUGACCUUGUCCGGCAGCGACGCGUCCCUCCCCGACGUGUCCUCUUCGUCAGAAGACGAUGAGGAUGCGGUGGUGAUGGACGUGCUCGCGCCAAGGCGUAUGUGA